AUGCCAGGGGUGACCCCGGUUUUCCCUCUGACCACAGGGUCGCCGGUCCUGUCGGGGUACUACGGUGUCCGGAGGUCCUUCCUGUCCGACUCGGACUUCCACGGCAGCAAGCCGCUUCCCGGCGACGCCCACAGCCCCAGCGCGGUGAAGCCCUUCGCCUGCGAGCCGGCGGCCGCGCAGGGUCCCGGGGUGCUGCCCGAGCCCGGCCUGGCCGAGCCCUUCGCGGACCCCCGCGCGCUCGCCCCCGGCCCCGGCCCCGGCCCCGGCCCCGGCCCCGCCGCGCUCUUCGGCCCCGCGCCGCUGCCGCCGCUGCUGCCGCCGCCCUUCGCCGGGGACCCCGCUCACUUCGUGCUCAGGGACUCGUGGGAGCAGACGCUGCUGCCCGAUGCCUUCAGCCAGCCGGACCCGGUUCCCACCGAGGCCCUGCAGACGCUGCCACCCAGCGCCAGCUGCCUCUCCCCGCUGGAGUCCGUGAGCAGCACCCAGCACAGGAGCGCGAGCUGGGGCGCCUCCCUGAGCGGGACUCAGCCCUACUCCCUGCACACGCUGGAGGACCUGCACCACGCACCAGGCUACCCUACCCCACCGCCCUACCCCUUCGCCCCUUUCAUGACCAUGUCAAACGACCUGCUGCCCAAGGGGUUGUCUCUCUCCCCAGAUGAGGGGACAGACGCCUCUUCCCUUCAUGACCCUUCACCUUGGACGAAAGAUGACGGGAGUAUGGCCUGGGGCUCCUACGAAUGCCGCCGAGCUUACUGAGGGGGUGACCAAAGGACUUCUGGGCUUUUUUUCAGUUGGCACUGUAUGACACAGGUUGUUUUAGGAGUGCCUGCUCAUUCAGAGCUGGAUUUUUAGGACAGGUCACCAUUUGUUAAUGGACAAUGGCACUGAUUUGUAAUUCUCCUCUCUGUAGCCCCACUGAAAUCUGACCAAUGUUAGUUAAAUACAUCGUGGACCCGGACCAGGUUCUAGGGAAACAAACUUAUGGGGAGGUCAGGGGGCCUUAUGGGGAAAUUUUAGCAACAUCUUACACUCUGAAUCUUCUGCGUUUUGGGCUCCAAUUUGUUUUCCUAAAUUACAUUAAAAAGUUUUUGUAGAUCAUAAAACAU